GGGACCGGUAGCUGGACCGACCCGCUGUACCUACUUACUUACAGCAAGUGCUAGGUGGGGCGCAUUAGGAAUCUGGGACUCACUCAGAUGCUGUAGCAUGUAUCGGUACUUCGGUUAACGCCAUAGACUCGGGCUAAAUCAUGUAAUGGAUACCUCAAGGCUACCGGGUAGCGUAGAGUAACCCAAGGCACGGCUCUAUCAGCUACCUAACAUCUCAUCAUCCCAUCAUAUCAUCAUUAUCUUCUACUUCAGCAACAGCCUCUCUCAUGAAACGGCCUGGUGAGAGAAUGGUUGCCUGUUUGCACAAAUCCUACGUGUAAACUAGUGGCACAUAUCACGGCCACGGCCAUGUCUGUUGAGAUCUGGCCUCCUAUUGCGCCAGAACAGCUUAAAUUCGAGGAAGAUGCUACACAGGCCCGCGAGUUGACAUGGCUGCUCGGCUCGUUUCAUGGCACCCUCCUGUCUCUGAAGCAUGGCCUGGAAGAAUGCUACGCACUUCUCGCUCCCAUCGACCCAGGGAGCACGCUCGUGCUCAGCACACCGCGAGCCGAGCUGGUGAAGGGCCACGUGACUAGAGUCGGCCCCCGGAUAGUCAAGGGGACAAUACAUACCAAGCUACGGACGACUGCUCCCAUGACCAUCUCCAUCAACCCGGCUCAUCCCAUUCAUCUGGCGCCUCUGGUGACGCUGAACGCGCUACUGACGCAGGCCGUGGAUCUAGCGUCUCUAUGCUUGACCGAGGGAGAACGAAAGAGGCAGACUGACUGCCAGGGCGCAGCGGUAUUUCUCUCUUCGCAAUUACGCCUUCUAGCCCAGGGUAUCGACGAGGCCGCCGCGAUUCUCAAGGGAUCACCAACAAAUAUCACCGAGUUCAAACGCCAGCAACGACCUGCUACGGCGAAUACGAGUAGGCCUGGCACAGCUGUUAUGGAGGCCAGCGUAGUCGGUACCAGCAGCAGCAUCAACGAGAGUGGCUGGACGCAGUACUCAGCCGCCUCGAAAUCCUUCAACCCUCCAUUGAGCCAGGCGCUUUCUUUCCAUGUGACUAUACAAGACGCGUGCCUGGUGCUCCAUCUCCGUGCUCUCGAGCCCGCCGAUGCGCCCGUGAACCUAGGCAUAAAGCUAGCGCUAGCGAUCGGGACUGCGCGGCGUCUAGAGCACGACGAAGCGGAGAAGGUAUUCACCUACCUGUAUCAUGAGUCAGAUACCUCCAUCGCGCAACCCGGGCUCGGCCAAAACCAAUCAUAUCCAACGCGGGGAUCGCGCAGCACGACUGGCAAGAGCGCAGGCGUAAGUAGUGAAGGCGGCGAGGUGAAAGAAGUUUAUGUUCGCGAAAAGGUUCGCGUCGAGAGCGCGGAUCCAAGCUUGUUGUCCAUGUCGACGAAGCUGACUGCGCUCUCGAAUACACUGGGUCUGGCUAGGCGGAAUCUGGCUGCUGUAAUGGGCGAAGAGUUUGAAGAGUAAACUGUGCCUGUCUAGGCGGUGGUGAAACACGCAAACGGCGACUCUAGUUCAAUUUGAGGGUUGAGACUAUUGACCAUUUCAACCAACCACGAUAUACUUGCAAUCCGUAAUCCUCU